UUAUCAUUCUUUUUAUGUCUUUUUAUAAACACGCACAUAAAUCCGAGAUGAUUGAAAGAAAAUUAAGAUUUCAGUGUAAACCGAACAUUGUACUAAGAAUGUAUUAUUUAUACCUGCUCAUGGUACCUACUGUCUUAACAUAUUCAUUUUUAAAUGAUUUAAGAGAUGUGAAAAACAGUCGUACAGAAGAUGAUAUUGCAGAUAUAUUAAAAACAAUAGGCUAUAUUUCGGAAGAUCCUGAUGCAAUGAAAAGAAUUUCCGACAAAGCACCUGAAGUAAUACGUGAUGAUGAAGCUCAUAUAUUGUCAAAAUUAUCGGAUAACGAAUUAUUGGUAUUGCUCAAUGUGCAGAACAAUAAAAACGUAAAUCUUGCAGAAUCUGAUGUAAUUCCAAUUCCAAUUAAUAAACAUAAUAGACCUGGAAAAGACCACUUUGAAGAUGUUUUAGUAAAUAAUGCAAAGAAAACCGAUGCUUUGUUUAGAUUAGAGAGUGAAGUGCUAAAACCACAACUUCAAAAUAGUGAAGCGUACAAAGCAUGGCAGAAAAUAAACAACUUGCUAUCCGAUUUUACUAUGCAACCAAAUAACAACGAAGAACAAAGCUUGAAUGACGCGGAAAGAGAAAUAUUAUUCGAUAUUUUAGUACAACAGCUUAAAUCAUUGUGUUUUAAUAAAAAAAUGAAUUUACCAAUUAAGAAACAAUACAUAAGCCCGGGUCAACAAAACAAUGAAGAAUAUAUGUUUUUAAUUCUCAGUGAAGAUAUAAAUGAAAAGGAUAACGAACUGGUUUCAUGGAAUUCCAAUAUCCUCGAAAAGAAUGCCAGUGUCGUAGUUUUAGGGCCUAUAGCUGGACCCAUAACCAAACAUCAAUUAAACAACAUCAUGAAACGUGUAACUACGGAAUUUUCUAAACCUGAAUAUCUGUCGCUAUUGCAACAUCUGUCUGAGGGGAUGAUCAAGAACAAGACUGUUAAAGACAUUCUAGUUCUUGAUGCACAAUCUAGGCGUUACAUGAAGCCUCACAGAUGCAAUCAUCGGUCGCAGCUUGCUCGUGUUUACGGUGGUCCUAAAUGGUUGCUUUGCACCGGCUAUCUGAAUUUGAAUACACCUAGUUUAUAUGAUUAGAUGA